UAUUCCGCGUCACGUUAAUAAAACCAGCCCUGGUAAUGAGAAUAUACAUUGUGACUCUCCCGAACUCUUUCAACUUAAAAGUCGUAACAUUGCCGAAGUGAAAGUGGACGCGUGUUGUACAAGUGCGAGCAGCUUAGUGGUAUUAUCCAGCAUGCAUCAGCGAACAGGCAACAUGCCACACGGCUGACAGAGGGGAUGCUAUGGGCACUUUCUCCAGCAGAGGGCGUGAAGCUUUCAAGCUUCCAUUCUCCUUUCCCUGUCUCUUUAACCAGAGCCAGCCCAGCCGCCUUUCCGCUUUAUUUCGCGAGAUUUUAGCUUGGCGCCGUGACCCCCCAUGUGAGAAGCAGUUUCCUAGUAAACACUCCCUUUGCAGCUUAGACAUGGCUUCUUAUUCCUUGUAAAAAUAGAUCCAAAACAACAUUAAGAAUCCCCUCAGCGAGACAACGACACAUUAGCGGCGGACUCGGUGCUGCUUGCCCACCCUCAUCCCUGCCAAGCGCCUUACCUGCGAUUUUUUUUAAUUCUCUUUUGUUGGCUCAUCUGCCAUUAUCUUAGAUUUUUUUUUUAUCGCAAGCUUUAUUAUUAAGAAGGGCAAAGGACGAUUGCACGGAUAAAACUGGUGCUUUUAUAUUUCCUCUCCACUAGUGGUAAGUGGGCAGCGCCACAAUGUGGAUCCAGGUCCGAACCAUAGACGGCACCGAGACCCAGACCAUAGAUGACCUGUCGCGGCUUACCAAAAUUGAGAGCCUGAGGCUGAAGAUCCAGGAGAGCUUCAACGUGACACCAGACAGGCAAAGGCUCUUCUACCGGGGCAAACAGCUAGAAGAUGGGCAUACGCUUUUUGACUACAAUGUUGGCUUGAAUGACAUUGUCCAGCUAUUAAUUCGCUCACAGUCAGAUGGCUCCUCAUCUUCCACAAAGAAAAAAGAUGGGGAUGGGAGGGCUCACAGUAAUGCCACCAACAAGUCCAAAGUCAAUGCAACUUCCACUCCAUCGACAUCAGCUAGAGCAUUCCUCAUUGAUCCAGGCAUUGGAAUUUACAAGAUUAACGAGUUGGUGGAUGCCCGUGAUGUCAGUAUAGGAGCCUGGUUUGAAGCUCAUGUGGAGAAUGUCACCCAGAAAAAAGCACAGAAGAAUGGCAAGGCUUACUUGAAAGGUGGCCAUUCUUACAGAGAAACUAAUGGAAACCUGGAGCAUUCAAGAGAAAAUUCCCAUGCUGUGGAUACUAAUCCUUCAACUUCUUACAAUGACAUUUUGGAUGAAGAUGAAAAUGUUAUUUAUCAUAUCAAAUAUGACGAUUAUCCAGAAAAUGGCCUAGUGGAAAUGGAUUUGUCCAACCUGCGGCCAAGAGCAAGAACUUUACUAAAGUGGAGCGAUCUCAAAACUGGUGACAAAGUCAUGGUGAAUUACAAUGUUGAAACUCCAGAGGAGCGGGGAUUCUGGUUUGAUGCUGAAAUAACUGAACUAAAGGAAAUGUCAAGAACUAAUAAAGAAGUUUUUGCCAAGAUAUUUUUGGGUGGCUCUGUGGAUGUAAUAAACGACUGCAAGAUAAAUUUUGCAGAUGAAAUUUACAAAAUAGAAAAGCCUGGAGCUUACCCACUAUCAUCUGGGGAUGGAGAAUUCAAAAGGAAAAGUGGGCCUGAGUGUAAGCACUGCAAAGCAGAUCCAGACACUGAAUGCAGGUUCUGUUCCUGCUAUAUGUGUGGUGGAAAGCAGGAUGCGCACAUGCAGCUUUUAUGUGAUGAAUGCAACAUGGCUUACCAUAUAUACUGCCUGAAUCCACCUUUAGAAAAGAUACCAGAAGAUGAAGACUGGUAUUGCCCUUCCUGUAAAAAUGAUGCCACUGAAGUGGUGAAAGCUGGUGAGAAACUAAAGCAGAGUAAAAAGAAAGCAAAGAUGCCUUCCGCCAGCACUGAGAGCCAGAGGGACUGGGGGAAGGGAAUGGCUUGUGUUGGCCGCACAAAGGAGUGCACUAUUGUUCCAUCUAAUCAUUAUGGACCUAUCCCAGGGGUCCCUGUUGGUGCUACGUGGAAAUUCCGAGUGCAGGUUAGUGAAGCAGGUGUCCACAGACCUCAUGUGGGUGGCAUCCAUGGACGCAGCAAUGAUGGAGCCUAUUCUCUUGUGUUAGCAGGGGGUUUUGAAGAUGAAGUGGAUCGAGGUGAUGAAUUCACUUAUACAGGUAGUGGAGGCCGUGAUCUUUCCGGGAACAAAAGAAUCGGCGAACAUUCUUUUGAUCAGACGUUAACUCAUAUGAACAGGGCCCUGGCCCUAAACUGUGAUGCGGCUCUGAACGAUAAAGAUGGUGCAGAAUCUAAGAAUUGGAGAGCUGGGAAGCCAGUCCGUGUGGUUCGUAGUUCUAAGGGGCGUAGAAUCAGCAAAUAUGCCCCUGAAGAUGGCAACAGAUAUGAUGGAAUUUACAAGGUUGUGAAAUACUGGCCAGAAAUAGGCAAAUGUGGGUUUCUGGUCUGGCGCUACCUUCUAAGGCGUGAUGAUGCCGAGCCUGCUCCCUGGACUCCAGAAGGCACGGAGCGGUCAAAAAACCUAGGCCUUAUAUUACAGUUCCCUGAGGGGUAUUUGGAAGCUAUGGCUAACAAAGAGAAGAAGGAUAAGGUAAAGAAGCAGCCUCCAAGAUCAGAAACCAGCAGCCCAGUCAAUCAGAAUCUCCACAACAGCAGCAGCACUGCAACCCAGCAGCAACCUAGCAGCCCAGAGCCAGCCACUAGUCCAGUCAGACAAGCAAGCCAGAAGUUGAACAGCAGCGAAAGCAAUGGGAACCAGAAAAGAGCAGUGGAAGAUAGUACUGAGGACAAAGAGAUUAAGCCCCCUGCCAAGUCUAUGAAACUAUCAGACGAUUCAAAAGGAGAGGCUUUCCAGCUCACUGAGCAACAGCAGUGGUUAAUAGGAGAGGACACUCUGAAUCAGAAACUGUGGGACGAAGUGCUUGCGUCCAUCAAGGAAGGACCCAAAUUUUUGAAGAACGUUGAACAGUCUUUUAUGUGUGUCUGCUGCCAAGAGCUUGUGUACCAACCUGUUACAACUGCGUGCCUCCACAAUGUGUGCAAAAGCUGCCUGCAACGUUCAUUCCGAGCAGAGGUCUACACCUGCCCUGCCUGUCGCUACGAUCUAGGCAAGUCUUACAACAUGGUCCCCAACAAGGUUUUACAAACGCUCCUUGACCAGUUCUUCCCUGGAUAUAGCAAAGGCCGGUGAUUUUUUUAGGGGCUCACAUGGCUUGUUCUCUUUUUGACUUUUUAUAAAAUUUUAACAGACAUAUAUGACAAUUUAACAAGACAAUUGGCAGCGGACCAACAGGAACCAUGGAAUUUUGUUAUGAAAAAUAUAAAAUCAUACAGCUUGUUCCCAAAAGUUCAUUUUUGGACUCCAGUACCAGUGUUGUCCCCAUUUUGAAGACCAUCAUGACAGGCUGGCUGUCAAAGCCCCACGUUUAAAGUCCUGCUUGUUUGAUUUGGCUGCCCCAGAACAUCAGGAGAAUGAAUGCGUGGAGACACAGAAAUGAGGACAGCUGGUGUUCAGCAAACCACUCCCUCUUGGAUGUUUAGUUGUGCCUGGUCUAUGAGAUUUAUCAGCUCUGGUACCAAGAGUUUACAGUGCAUUGCAGGACAACAGCUUGUUGACUCUUAUAGGGCUUAAGGGCACAAUGUUCACUGACAGCACUUAGAAAAAUUUUAGAUUCAAAAUCAGCAGUUUAAUGUGCAUUUACUCUGUUUUUUUCCUGGUUUCAUCCUAUACUGUUUUUGCAUUUCCAUAUUUUUUUUUAACUUUUAUUUUUGCAAAGCCUAUUUGUAGUUUAAUACGUUAAGCUUUUCUGCAAGUUGACUACUAAUAACAAUACGUAUGCAUUGUUGCUGCAUUAAUGUAACGUGAUCUGUGUUGUUGGGAUUUUCUGUUUACUUUUCUGCUCAUGUUUACUGCACUUAGAAAUAAUCAAUCCAGUCUAGCUAUGUUUAAGAAUAUUUUCUAUGAGACAGGCCACUUUUGUAUUAGUUAAAAUUGUAUGCUUUAGUAGGGCUUGUAUCAGUGGCAAUACCAAGCAUUGCUGGUGGGUGCUAAUCAUAGCUCUGUGGGUCUGAAAAUGUUUCCUAUUGUGAUCUCCAAUUUUAUACAACAUAUAAUCCCAGAAAUAUACCUUAUUAAAUAUUUUAUGACUCUUGAAAUGAUGCUUAUGAUUUUUUGCUGCUCUAUUCUAAGUACAGUAGAUGUAGUGAUUUAACCUUGUUUUUGGAUAGUGUUUUAUACAUAUGAUUAUUGUCAGAUUUUCUAAGAAAAUGCCACUUUGAGCUUUGUUAAAUGAGCUUGUGUUUGGAUACUGGUAUAAAGUGACUUCUGUAUAGUUGGUUGUAAGAUCAUUUGGUUAGUAGGGAUGAAAAAGCAUGUUCCCAGCCAAUUGGUUUUUGUCAGAAGAUUGUUACCAUUAUAUGACAGCCACAAAUUACCUAAAUAUUACUUACAUCUUUAUAUUUCUUUUCAGUACGGUCAUGGAAAUGUUUUUUCUUUUCUUUUUUUCCCCUUUUUAUGCAAAUAAACCACUAUGCUGCUGGAUUA